GAAAGGACGGUUUUAGUGCGCGCGCCCUGUCCACGAACCGACGUGUGCGUACAGUACGUGCAGACGCAGCAGCAGCAGCAGCAGCAGCAGCAACACCAGCUGCCCAGAAAAGCCAGAAGCCACACCCGGUCCGGAUUCGGCGAAUCCGCCUCGAAAGCAAAAAACUGUACGAAACGAAAUUGACACUUUGCGCUUAGUGGUGUUGCCCCAGUGUGCCCGGUGUGUCCGUACUCCGGAGGCGGCAAAACGUGGUGUUUAAUGGCUAUCAGUAUGGCCAAAGUGUUCAAACUAUUCUGUUUGCUGUGUUUAGUGGUGACGAUCGCGGCCGAAGUUCGCGUAAAGCGCCAAGACGAUGACCUCGAUCCGGACUCGAUCAAUGUGGAGGAACUGUGCAAGGACCGGCCGGGUGAUGAAUACUUCCGCCUGAGCACGGACGGUGACUGCCGCGAAGUAGUGAGGUGCGACGAUGCGGGCGAAAAUGGCAUCACGCGGCUCGCCAAAGUUCGUUGCCCGACCGGGCUGUACUUUGACGUGCUGCGCCAAACGUGCGAUUGGAAAACGAACGUGAAAACGUGCGACCUGCUAGGAAAGCCACGUAAGGUUCUACCGAUCCUAAAGACGGACGAGCCCAUCUGUCCGGAGGGUAAACUGUCUUGCGGUAAUGGUGAAUGUAUCGACAAGGAGCUGUUCUGUAACGGCAAACCUGACUGCAAGGACGAAUCGGAUGAGAAUGCGUGUACCGUUGAGCUUGAUCCGAACCGUGCCCCGGACUGUGACACGACGCAGUGUGUGCUGCCGGAUUGUUUCUGCUCGGCCGACGGUACCCGUAUCCCCGGUAACAUUGAACCGCAACAGGUACCGCAGAUGAUCACGAUCACCUUCAACGGUGCGGUCAACGUAGACAACAUCGAUCUGUACGAGGACAUCUUCAACGGACAGCGCCAGAACCCGAACGGUUGCCAGAUCCGUGGCACUUACUUCGUGUCGCACAAGUACACGAACUACUCGGCCGUGCAGGAUCUGCAUCGCAAGGGACACGAAAUUUCCGUCUUCUCGCUCACGCACAAGGACGAUCCGAACUACUGGACGCAGGGCACGUACGACGAUUGGCUGGCGGAGAUGGCCGGUGCACGUUUGAUCGUGGAACGUUUCGCCAACAUUACCGAUGGUUCGAUUAUUGGUGUGCGGGCGCCAUAUCUGCGCGUCGGCGGUAACAAGCAGUUCGAGAUGAUGGCCGAUCAGUUCUUCGUGUACGAUGCGUCGAUCACUGCUUCCCUGGGCCGUGUGCCCAUUUGGCCGUACACGUUGUACUUCCGCAUGCCGCACAAGUGUAACGGUAACGCACACAACUGCCCAUCCCGUUCCCAUCCGGUAUGGGAGAUGGUAAUGAACGAGCUGGAUCGACGUGAUGAUCCGACGUUCGAUGAAUCGCUGCCCGGUUGCCACAUGGUAGACUCCUGCUCCAACAUCCAGUCCGGCGAACAGUUCGGACGUUUGCUGCGCCACAACUUUAACCGUCACUACAAUAGCAACCGUGCACCGCUCGGACUGCAUUUCCACGCUUCCUGGCUUAAGUCGAAGAAGGAGUACCGCGAGGAGCUGAUCAAGUUCAUCGAGGAGAUGCUUGGCCGUAACGAUGUGUUCUUCGUCACCAUGCUGCAGGUCAUCCAGUGGAUGCAGAACCCGACCGAACUGAACGCACUCCGUGACUUCCAGGAAUGGAAGGAAAAGUGCGACGUUAAGGGUCAACCUUACUGUUCGCUGCCCAAUGCCUGCCCACUGACCACCCGCGAGCUGCCCGGCGAGACGCUGCGACUCUUCACUUGCAUGGAGUGUCCGAACAACUAUCCAUGGAUUCUUGAUCCCACCGGUGACGGUUUCUCCAAGAAGUAAACCCGAAAAAUAAUGGGUGAGGACAAUGGAGGUCCUAAACUCGCUAGUUAUUUUCCUUCGCGGGAGAAGAUCACUUUUCCCGGGAACUAAACUGUUGUAAAUAAUGAUCCCUGUAUCUCAUUGCUGCACAAAUUUUCCUCAUCUAUUUGGUGCGUUUUGCGCCAUGUUUUCUUCCCCUUUAAAAAAAAAAACAAUUAUUUCAAGAAGCACUUUACUUAAACUACUUUCCUGUUACUAUUUCCUGGAACCUACUUUCGGGGUGACGAUUGUUCGGUACCUUCGUUCUCUACACAUUUUUCGUCCCUAAACACAUCGUGAUAUUUCGUUUCUACUCGCCACACAUCACAUACGGCGAGCGAAAGGGUGGUUCCGGUAGGUCAUACCUUUUACACCGGUUGAACCUAUCUUCUCUUCACGGAGAGAAACCGGUUAGCAAUGUUGUACUAAGGAGUGUGCUCGUGGAUGUUCCAGAACGUACACAGCAGAUUCGGCUAGGAAGCGUCUGCUCCGCACGCACAAACAGAAGAGAGUAAAGAGUAAUUUUACGGUACUGUUUUAUAAUAAAAUAUUACAAAACAAAAAACAUCUAUUCUUCGCCCCGGUGCUGUACGGGAACGCAUUCCCGUUAAGGUUGAUGGUGACAGGUGUGUAUGCUGACAUACAAUCGUAACGCCAAAAAAAAACUUCAGCACGGUAAAGAGAAUUAUAUAUUUAAAAAUAUUCGAAAAAAAAAUAAUAAAAUGAUACAACAUAAA